UGAACAUCUGAGGACAAUGCUGCUCCAGUGCAGAAUUAUUGGUUCUCAAGUACAUUGACACUGGCGUGUGCUCUCUUCAUUUGGGAGGCUAAUUAACUGCUGGGAAUAAAAGUCAGUUUGGAAGACUUGGAAAACUACUACAGAGCUGACACUCCUCGUGCCUCCCACAAGAGAGAGAGAGAGAGAGAGACCAGUGGUUAUUCUACUGAUUCGAGGAAACCGUUUCUCUUUCUGGAGUUAUGAGAGCUGGUAGCGGAAGUACCGUCUUGCUGCUGCUGUUAGUGGCGGCCACGAGUGGUUCGGCCCCUGGGACCCCAUCGGGCACCAUCUCCCGCAUCGUGACAGUGGGCGGCGCCUCUGAUUCGAGCAGCGCCAGCCUCGAGGAGCGGGGCCACUACUUUGGACACCAUCAGCCUCACGCUCAGUUCCAGCUGCAGCCUCAGUUCCACGCUGAGUACGGCCCCUCUGGGUCUGGACCUGGCUACCAGCACCAUCCUCCUGCAUACGUGCACACGCCAGCGCCGCCGCCCCUGCACUGGCCGCCAGAGCCACACCACAACUACCAUCCACAAGCAGACUCUCACCACCAUGGGGACUCUCACCAUGCAGAUUCUCAUCACCACAGCCACGUCGAUUCUGAUGAUCUAGAGGACUAUCACCAUUCUUCUGGUUCGUGGUGGAAGGGCAGCGGCGGGCGUGACAAGGGCGGCGGCCUGGUGUCGUCGGUGGUGAAGUCGGUGCUGGCGCUGCUGGGCGCCAAGCUGGUGCUGAAGGUGCCACUGCUGCUGCUCAAGCUGCUGAUCGCGCCCGUGCUGCUGCUGGCGCCGCUGCUCUCCGUGCUGGUGCCCGUCUACAUCGCCACCACCACCACCACCACCACCACCACAACCACUACUACCACGACCACUACUACCACGACCACCACGGCCGCCACUGUCAGGCGGCGGAAGGGCAAACUGGGCGAAAGAGACCAGCAGCCGGAAGAGCCGGUGCCGACCACGGAGGCGCCUGCCAUGCUGAACGUGACGCAGGCCGUGCCCGAACCGGCCAGGCCCUGGGGCUGUGGCCUCAGCGUUGCCUGUCAGCUGGGCGUCGCCUGGGGUUUCCAGGGCUACCAGAUGAUGACUGACGCUGGUAUCCCUCUUGGCCUGAUGAAUGAGUACCGGGAGGAGUUCCUGUCUGGAGCGCGGUCUGGAGUCUGCGAGGACAGGGUGGAGCAGUGCCGAAUGGACCUGGAGCGAGAGGGUCGCCUGGAGAGACUACCUGGUGGAGAGCUGGCGCUGCGCUAGACCAUGGACUACAGCAGAUUCCAGCAGGCGAAAGCUGCAGUUUCUGUCCACACCCCCUAAGAUGAUCGAUGAGAGCUAUGUUUGGGGAGGGCUCAUAGUGUUGACUACAAGUGUGACUGAUACAUGAUACACGGACGAUUUGAAUGACUUUUGUUCCAGUCUCCUGUCUGUGUCUGUAAUGAUCCUCUGAAACAAGGAGUACUUAGCAAGGUACGAAUUCAAAUGUUACUCGAAUAUUGACGUAUAUAUUCCAAAACAAAUAUUUUCAUUGCAAACUACGAGAGUUUCUGUAUACACCAAAUUCUGAAAGUCUAGAGGUGAGUGUAAGAGUCACAAUUGCAAUGUCAAGCGGUGCUCAAAUGCCAGGAAGGAACAGUCUUACAAUAGGAGUGACUUAAUGUGUAUGUCUAAAUUGUAAUGCGAUAAUUACGAGCUACCACAUGAUGAGGCAAUGCUGUCUAGAUAGACUCUUCAGCACCCUACGACUGUGGAAUGUAUGUGUACCAGCAGUAUGAUUCCUCUUGAACAUAGUGACCAGUUUUUGCUGCUAUUAUCAUCUCAAUCGAUCAGUGUGACUGGAAUGUGUUAAACACAACUCCUUCGCGCGAUAGGCAUUGUCACUGAGUUAAAUGGUACCGGCAAAUAGCUACCGCAGCAAGCAACAAAUGGUGAGUGAACUGUAUCCAAGCCUUUCCUCGCUGCCUCACAAAUAAGCACUCCGUCGAAAUGGAUCAGACUGGCCUACUGAGUGCACUGGCUCACCUGAAAAGUAUCAAGGAGAGCAUAAUUACAGUCCAUGAGAUAGGUAACCACGUGUUGUUGCAGGAGAUGUUAGUUGAACUGGGCUCGCGUGAUCGCCUUUCCAGCCAUUCUGACAGUCUUAGUUCCUGUCACAAGUAUAUUCAUCGGUUCAGUGCCUUAUUGGCGGUGAAUUGCGAAUGAUGAAAUACUGUCACAAAUCAUAAACUUUAGCAAAUAGUAUUGUACGUCGUAAGCGGUAUUUAAAUGAUUUGAAUAAAGAUUUUAACACAGGUUUUUUAUAUUUAUUAGUGAUUAAACUGUGGAGACCUUUUAUUUAUUAUGAAAUAGAUGCAUCUCAGAAAUAUCGUAACACAUAUAAGUAGCUUGUUGCAGUUGUACAAUAUUCUCUAGCCUAUCACUUUGUUUCAUUCAUCACUUUGACAAUAAAGUUUCUGUAAUUUACCAA